CUAGCAUUUCGAAUUAGGAAUCGUUACUUGUCGCAGUUGGCAGUAGCUAUCGUUAGACCAAUUUUCUUUUGCAUGGGUCUUUCUUUUCUGGGUUAGCAUGCCGUUUCAGAGGUUCGUGCAGUCAGGCCGUGUGGCCUACGUGAGCGAUGGCCCUCACCAGGGCAAGUUGGUCACCAUUGUCGACAUCAUCGACCAGAACCGGGUUCUUGUCGAUGGCCCAUUGUCGAGUGUACCUCGCGGUGAGAUGAGGCUCAACGAGCUUCACUUGACAAAGUUCCGCAUACGUUUCCCAUAUUCUGGAUCUACUCGUGUCGUACGUAAAGCAUGGCAGGCUGCUAAUAUCAGCGAGCUGUGGAAGGAAACCAUGUGGGCUAAGAAGGUUGAAGCCAAGAAGAAGCGUAUGGAACUCAGCGACUUCGACCGUUUCAAGCUGCGUAAAGCAAGGCAAAUAAGAAACAAACUGCGAACAGACGCCUUUUAUAGAUUAAAGAAGAAGUCGAAGAAAACUAAAGCCGCUAGUGCUGAGAGUAAAAGCACAAAACGGGUGGAGAAAAAGUAAUAACAUUCUGAUUUAAAUACAAAAUUAUUCUACGAA